GUUUUGGUCCUUCUGGCUUGCUUUUGAUCCCGAUGAUGCACUCCCCAUCAUUCCACUCGCAGGGUCUAUGGGUCCGUGAAUUCGCCACGAUCAGGAGAUUUGUAGUCUGAUCCAACGCAAAUGAGCUGUCAAGAUUGGCAAAUCCUGACGUCAAAAUUGGUCGAGGACGUCUUUGAUUCCUACGCGAAACGAAAAAGGUGGUUGAAGAAAAGCAACAUAAAAAGAAUCUGCAUCCGGGAGGAGGAUCGACCCCAGGUGAAAUCGUUCCAUGUAGUUUUUUUAAUAGUUAUCCCCUGCCGGAAUUUAUAAUCAUAAUCGACACAAGAUGGUUGAAGGAUCUAAUUUCCCUCGUCGUGACCCUAAGAACACCCAUGCCUGGCUAGUGGGUAGCGGCAUCGCAUCCCUGACUGCUGCCAUCCAUCUCAUCAAGGAUGCCAAGGUCCCUGGGGCGAAUAUUCAUGUUCUUGAUGCAAGCCCAGACUCGGGUGGUGGAUUGAAGACGCACGGGGAUGCAAUCGAUGGAUACUUUCUCCCGAUGGAUGGAAACCCUCACUUCCACGGCGGUUGCGUGGAAAGGCUUUUGUCCCUGAUCCCCAGCGAGUCUGAUCCUGACCGGUCAAUCAUGGAUGUGAUUCGACUCCGAGCCGAGGCUGAGCCCAAAGUCGUCGCUCCUCAGGCUCGCGCUGUCAAGCUAGGAGCUACAGGGGUAGAGGCUUUUCUCCCGCGGGGUAUUCAAGUAGGGAUAAAGCAUCGAAUGGCGCUGGUGGGUUUGAUGCUGGAGAGUGAGACAGCCGUGGGAACGAAGAGCAUUGAGGAUGUGUUCGACAAGAGCUUUUUUGAUACUACAUUUUGGAUGCUGUGGUCGACAACCUUUGCAUUGAAACCGUGCCAUAGCGCAGCGGAAUUCAAGAGGCACCUGCGCAAAUAUCUGGAAGAUAUACAGUCGCUGAACAGUGUCAAAACCGUCAAUCGUACCCGAUACAACUUCUUCGAGUCUGCCGUUGGCCCGCUCACGAAAUACCUCCGGCAAGAGGACGUGGAUUUCCGCUUCAACGUGAGAGUUACGGAUCUACGGUCCUAUCCCGAGGGGGAUCCGACUACGAUUUCGGAAAUUGAGCUGCUGAAAGCUGGCCAGGAGGAGCUCAUCACGGUCGAUCCAAUGGAUAUUGUUCUUGUCAGUCUUGGCUCAGUCAACGCAGGAGCAGCCCUGGGAACCAACCAGACUCCGCCUCCGGGUCUCACAGCCAACUGGGAAGAUCUCAUGGAGGGUGAUUGGAAGCUCUGGGGGAAGCUGUCUAACAAGUCCCUGAAGUUUGGAGACCCGGCCAACUUCCUGUCUCGAAACCAACAGUCGACCGUUGAAACAUUCACCACUACAUUCAAGGGACCGGAAUUCUCGUCUCUGUACCAUAAACUCACGCACGACAGGCCUGGAACCGGCUCGUUACUGUCACUCACGGAGAGUGCCUGGGAGAUCACCAUCAGUAUCCCCCAUCAGCCGAUCUUCUCGGACCAGCCCGAAAACGUGACGGUGAUGCUUGGAUACGGCCUGAACCCGAUGGGAGUGGGCAACUACGUGAAGAAACCAAUGUGCGAGUGCUCUGGAGAGGAGAUUCUCAGCGAAGUCCUUUCACAUCUGGGGAUGGCCGCUCAGCCGAUCAUCUCCACCGCAAAAACGAUUCCCUGUGGAAUGCCGCUGGCAACCGCUCCAUUCCUCACUCGCGGGUUCCAUUCUCGGUCGGCGGUCUUACCUCCCCGCACUACAAACGUUGCCUGCGUUGGCCAGUUUGUGGAUAUUCCAGGGGACACUACUCUUGAGGUUGAGUAUAGUGUACGGGGGGCUCAAAUUGCCGUGGCAGAGUUGAUGGGAUUGCCAGAAAAGCCCCCGAAGCCGCCUAGGAGUUUACUGAUGGAAAUCUUUGACUUGAUGGUUUGAAUUUGACGUGAUGAUUUGUAGUUUUAUGUCUCUUUUUUUUAGUUGGUUGCAUCAUCUUCGAGCGUGAAAACCCCUGGAAAAGGAGAAAAAGACGUUUUCUCAUCUGGAUGUCGAGUUUCUCUCCUUGAUUCAUGUUCCUAAAAUGGUGUAUAGUCUCGUAUUUAGGAGGGUGAAGUGUUUUUUAAUUGAAAUUCCAUCUAUAUCUAUCUGGGCGUGAUGUGCUCUGUAGAUGACAUGUGAUCCGCAUCAUUUUGUAUAGAAGCUAGCCCUAGAUAUAUGUAUUCAAUCCCACCUCAACACCAACCUAGGGGUGAUAAUAGGAG